AUGAGAGAGCCGCACUUCUUUUUAGCUCGCGAUUUCCGCUACGUCAUCACAACAUCAGCUGUAGCCAAGAUGGCGCACACAGAGGCAGAGGCUGCGGACACUUUCUGCACUGAUCCAGAGCAUGGAACAGGAGGGUACAGGCGCAGCAGAGGCCGACCGAGACUCACGGACUCAGACAGAGCUAGGAGGCGACACGAGUCCCGGAAGAAAUAUGACGUGAGGAGAGUUUAUCUCGGAGAAGCGCAUAAAGUGUGGAGUGAGCUCCGCCGCAGGACCAGUCUGAGUGAUGCUGGGCUGGCAGAGUACCUGAUCCUGCUCCACUCUUCUCAUGAAGAGAGCGGCCAAGACAAGCUUUGUGUGGAACAGACUGGAGAAGACAUCUCGUCAGCCCAGAAAAAUGACAGUGCAGGCUGUUUGUCAAGCUUACAAGGUCUUGUCCAAUGGUACCAGGAGCACUGUGAUAUCUGUCCCCUUGAGCCUCAGCUCAGGUCUCUGGAGGGUCAACCAGACUCGUCCAUAAUAGUUCUAUGGCAAUGUGACUCUGGGCACUCCUUAUCUCAGUGCCUGUACCCCCCACAUGCUGCUGAGGCCAGUGAUGGUGAGCAGGACGAGGAGGCACACACAGAGGUAGCUCAGGAGAUUACUGCAGUGAAGGCUGUAUCAAAAGUUAAAAAGUCUGUGGGCAGAAAGAGACGAAAACGGACUCGAAGAAAAGCCAGAGCUGUGGAAGAAAAUGAUCCUGUUGAAAAUAUGCAACACAACUCUUAUCCCAAUGAACACAUUCCACCUGUCUCUCCUGAAAUGCCCAGGGGUGUAUCAGAGACAGAGCUGCCCUCAGCCUGGGACAUGGAGGGUUCCCCUGGUGCUUUUCAUUCUGAGGACGAUUGUGAAAAUGCAAGAGCUCCUGAAGACGAAGAAAUGGACUCAAUCAGGAACGAGCCGGAUGCAUACCAGUGUGUGUCUUUGGUGAAUAAAGUGGACAGCAUUAACGACGAAUCGAUACUGAGUGGAACUGUGCCUCUACCAAUGCAUUUACAAGACCCAAGCACACUCUAUGACCCUCAAAGCCUGCAAACAAUUGUCAACUGUGAGAUUCCAGACCAGAGGAGUGGACUUGAAGCUUCACAGUUGAUUAUCAUCACUGGCCCCAGCUAUGAGGCUUUAGCUUCAGAGGGAAUUCAGCUUAACAUGACCGAUGGAGCCAACAUGGAGGAGGUCACGUGCACUGUCAUUGGAAACGUAUCCUACAAUCAGAUCUUUCCACUGGAUACAAAAGCCCGGAUGCACCAGGACCAGUUUGCACCAGAUCUGAGCGAUCAACAGUUGCAUUUGAAGAAUGAAGACUCUCAAGAGAGUCCUGACCAACGACCACACAGAAGCAGACGGAAAAGUAGACGUGGUCCUGUGAUUGAGCCAGAUGGAAUGCUGAAGAUGUUUCACUGUCCGUAUGAAGGCUGCAGUCAGGUCUAUGUGGCCAUCAGCAGCUUUCAGAAUCACGUCAAUUUGGUCCACAGGAAAGGCCGAACCAAAGUGUGUCCACAUCCAGGCUGUGGGAAGAAGUUCUACCUCUCCAACCAUCUGCACCGUCACAUGAUCAUCCAUUCAGGAGUUCGAGACUUUACUUGUGAGACGUGCGGAAAGUCCUUUAAACGCAAAAAUCAUUUGGAGGUCCACAGGCGCACUCACACCGGAGAGACCCCAUUGCAUGUUUGUGUGACCCCUCUGGACGUGUGUGGCAGGUGUGAGAUCUGUGGGUACCAGUGUCGCCAGCGGGCCUCUCUGAACUGGCACAUGAAGAAGCACACCUCGGAGGCACAGUACAACUUCACCUGUGAAUUCUGCCACAAGAAAUUCGAGCGGCUUGAAAGCGUCAAGUUCCAUAAGGAGGAGAGUGAACGCAGGCGCGCGUUCUUCGCCGCUACAGCGCCCCGUCCGGACUCCUCUCAGGACGAGGAGUCUGCGAUUGACUGGGCCCCCCUCGACCUUCCACCCGUGCCCGCUGAGUGGGGUGACUGCGAGGACGGAGAGGUGUCGGAGGUCGGCUCUCUCCUCACGCUGGACGAGGUGGUGUCCAACCCGGAGCCGGACCGCUUCCCGCUGGACCACAUGCCUGGGCUCUACGCCACGGCGGCGGCCAUCAUGGAGGCCCCCCUGCCACCGCAACCGAACCAGAGGGUGGAGGACUUCACCUCUGGUUACGCCACCCCUCGAGGGAGGAGGAGAGCCCAGCCCACGUUGUGCCCGCGUAUGGACCCGAUCGUCCAUUACGCGACACAAGAGAGGGAUGACACAGUUUCUCUGUAUCCGCAGCUGAGUGGAGUGGGUAUCCUGGCUGUAGGUAUCUGGGUGAAGGUGGACAUCGGGUCAGUCUUCAGUUUUUUGGAUAAGAUCCCUAACGCCCCGCCCGAGCUGGGUCAGUUGCAGAAUGUGGGCCACCUGCUCAUUGCUGUGGGGGUCCUGCUGCUCUUCAUUGGCUUCCUGGGCUGCUGGGGGGCGUACCGUGAGAACAAAUGCUCUCUUCUGAUGUUCUUCUUCAUUGUGACGGCCAUCUUCAUGGCAGAAGCAGCUGGAGCCAUCAUGAUGUUGCAGUUCAAACCGUUGAUGGAUAAGUAUUUGGUCAAGUUUGGAAACGCAGCUGUCCAGAACAUACAGAAACAAUACGGGGAGAACUCCGAUAUCACACAACUGUGGGACACUACUAUGGGCCUGCUAAAAUGUUGUGGAUUCAAUAACUACACCGAUUUCACCAACUCCACCUUCCACACGGAGAAGGGGUAUCCACCAAUAUGCUGUGAGAACGUUGAUGCCCCGUGUAACAGCACCGGCGUGUCGGAGAUUCCUGGUUGUUUCCAAAGGAUGAAAUCCCUGUUUGAAAAGAACAGCGAGAUCAUCAUUUCAGUUUCCCUGGGGAUAUGUGGUUUGGAGGUGUCUGCGCACUCAGACUGUCAGGAGAACAUGUCCAAUGGGAAAGACGCAAAUGUUCCACCCAACCCCUCACAGAUGACCCUCCAGCAGAGCCUGGCUGAGUGCAUGGAAGCCUUGGACCUCUUCCUUAACAACCACUUCAGCGAGAGCUUAGAGCGGCUCAGGCCGAGGGUGAAUGACAGCAUGUACCACGCCCUGAUCUACGCCACGGUGCUGGAGAUGCAGGCCAUGAUGACGUUUCAGCACGAAGACCUCACCAACGCCAGCAACACCAUGAAGAGCGCUCAGGAGGUCUGCCAGAGGUUUAGACGAAAAACUCCAGGUCUGAGCGGUAAGGCUGGGGAUUCUAUAUCUGAAGUGGAGCUUCAUGCUGAAGUGUGUUUUGCUGAAUGUCAACUGCAAAGAGCUGCUCUCACCUUUCUGCAGGAUGAAAAUAUGGUUGGUUUCAUCAAAGGGGGCAUCAAAGUCCGGAACAGCUACAUGAUUUACAAAGAACUACAUUCCUACAUCCAAUCUCAUAGCUGUCAGAAAGGAGCCAGCCACCUGCACUUAGAGGGAGGAGUCUCGUUUGGAAUAGGUGCCUUCAAUCUGACCCUCUCUUUGUUUCCUCCUCGGCUACUUAAACUGUUGGAGUUUGCUGGUUUCUCUGGAGACAAGGAGUUUGGGUUGUCCCUGCUCAAGGCUGGAGCCACACAGAUGAACCUGCGCUCCCUGCUGUGCGCUCUCCUACUGCUCUGCUACCACACAUUUCUAACUAUUAUUCUUGGCACAGGUGAGGGAGAGGUGACUGAGGCUGAAGAGCUGCUCAAGCCGUUCCGGAUCCUCUACCCACAGGGAGCAAUCUUCCUCUUUUUUGCGGGCAGAACUGAGGAGAUUAAAGGCAACAUUGAUGAGGCGGUGGCUCUGUUUGAGGACGGCUGUAAGGCGCAGCAGGCCUGGAAGCAGUUCCAUCACAUGUGCUACUGGGAGCUCAUGUGGUGCUUCACUUUCAAGAGGGACUGGAAGAUGGCGUACUUCUAUGCAGACCUACUGAGCCGAGAAAGCCGCUGGUCCAAGGCAAUGUAUGUGUACAUGAAGGCAGCAUACCUGAGCAUGCUUCCAGAGCAGCAGGCCCGGCCUUUUGAGGAGAAUGAGGUUCUGCUCUUCAGACAAGUGUCCACUUUCAAGCAGAAGAUAGCAGGGAAGUCUCCGCCCACAGAGAAGUUUGCCAUCCGUAAAGCCAGACGCUACAAGGCCUCCAGUCCUGUCAAACUGCCAGUGCCAGCGCUGGAGAUGAUGUACAUGUGGAACGGUUUCAGUAUGAUCCGCAUGAGACCAGAGCUGACCCAGGGCAUGUUGGAGACUGUGCAGGAGGCAGAACGCUCUCUACUGGAGGGGAUUGAGCAUGACUUCCUGAUGGAUGACCUGUGUUUGAUUCUGCUUCUGAAGGGAGUUUGUCUACGAAACCAGGGCCAGAUGGAGACUGCUCUGGGCUGCUUCAAACAGCUGUGCGACAGUGAAAAGAGAAUCCGCUUUGACCACUACCUGGUGCCCAAUGCUCUGGUGGAGAUGGGUUUGAUCUACAUUGACCAAGGAAAGAGGGACAUGGCUGUCAAAGUAUUGCGCAAGGCCAAGAACAGCUACAAAGAUUAUUCGAUGGAAUCCCGGACACAGUUCAGGAUACACGCUGCUCUGGCAAAAGUCAAAGCUGAAAAAGUUGACGACGAAGACACACAUUUGUGA